AUGGGAGUUGCGGCGUUGUCGUUGGAUUUCUGUUUGCCUUGCCUUGGCAAGACGCUAGGUAGGUAUCUAGGUACCAGUAGUUACUCAAGAAUCGCCCAUCAGAUUUGUGUUACGAUUAGCAGCCACACUAUGAACACUGAAUCGCUUUUUCCCAUGUACACUUUCACAGCUAUGUUUCACAAAGUGUUGCAACCAGGUAGGAAACACGUGAGCAUGAUGAUGACUCAGUUGCACUAUACCUACAGGCGUCAAUCCUUAAAAACAACCACACCCCCCUCCUCAAAACGAUUACAGUGCGGUAUGCAUUCACCAAAAAUGGAAGAACAGACGCUACAGCCAGCUGGCAAAGCUCAGCCUCUGGCUACUCGCAUGAAGCAAUACGAGACAAUUUCCGAUUUCACCCUACCUUCCGGAUCCCCAGCAAUUCUACGUCUCGACGGCCAUGCCUUCUCGAAGUUUACGAGCCACUUCUGCCGCCCCUUCGAUCAGCGUAUACACGAUGCGAUGAUAGCAACUUGUACAGAUCUGCUUGCGUACUUUCCAACGGCGACAGUCGCAUACACACAGUCUGAUGAGAUAACGCUGGUCUUCCCAGCUGGCGUUCAAGCAUUCAACGAACGCAUUCAGAAGCUGUCGAGUUUGGCGGCGAGCUACUGUUCGGUUCGCUUCAAUGCACAUCUUGCCGCAUUUUUGACAGCAAGCCCAGAACCAAAAGUCAAAGACUCAGCUUUUGGGCGCUUAGGUACUGCACAUUUCGAUGCCAGGUUCUUCGCUGUACCGUCUGUGGAAGAAUCGCUUAAUUGCAUAAUGUGGAGAUGUCGCAACGAUGCCGUGCGUAAUUCGGUUGGAGCAUUUGCGCGCACGGUGUACUCGACCAGAGAGAUGCACGGGAAGAAGACUCAAGAAUUGGUGGAGGCGAUGCGAAACGAGAAAGGCAUUGUUUUUGAAGAAGCAGUACCACGAUGGGCGAUUGAGGGGUGCUUGCUGAAGCGAGAGCAGGUGGAACAUGAGGGUGUGAAUCUGAAGACAGGCGAGACAGAAAAGACGUUGAGGACGAGGACGAGAGUUGAAGAGAGAGGCGUUAGGGUCUAUUCGGCGGAGAACUUGAGAUUGGUGACGGAAAAAUAUUGGUAA